AUGUGAUUAUGCCAUGUGGUACAAAACCACUCCCUCUAUAACAAAACUGAAAGCAAAAAUUUGCGACUGUAACAGAUCAGGUGAAGCAGACUGCAGAUACGAGACUGUGCCCUCACAUUUAAACAGUGACAUGGAGCAAAGUGGACCAAUGAGGAUUGUGUUAUUGGGCAAAACUGGAGCAGGAAAAAGCAGUUUGGCAAACCUAAUUUUUGGAGAAGAGGGAAAGUUUAAGGAGAGUGCUUCCCCAAAUUCUGAGACCAAAAAAUGUUAUGCUCAAACCAAAAACAUAAACGGACGACUCAUUCAUUUGAUCGAUACUCCAGGUCUAUUUGACACUGACCUGAACAACACAGAUCUGAGUCCAGAGAUACUCAAGUGUAUCGAGGAGAGUGCCCCAGGGCCUCAUGCUUUUCUGCUGGUGCUCAAAGUGGAGAGGUACACAAAACAGGAGCAGGAAGUGGUCAAAAAUAUACUAGGGUAUUUCUCUCAAGAGGCUCUGAACUACACCACUGUGGUCUUCACUCAUGGAGAUCAGCUGGACAAAGGGGUGAAGAUUAAAGACUGGGUUUAUGAGAAUAGCUCCCUGCGCUCCCUAGUGCAGAAAUGUGGAGGGCGCUGUCAUGUGUUUGAUAAAAAAUACUGGAACAACAGCCAGGACCCAUACAGGAACAACCAGCACCAGGUCACAGAGCUGCUCAAGACCAUUGAAGUGACUGUGAGAGAGAAGGACUGGAAACAUUACACAAACGUGUUCCUGGAAUUUGUGAUAAACAACAUGAAGAGGAUCCAGUUACACAUUAAAAUUGCAGCAAGAGUCUUGCUGGGAGCUUUACUUGGUGUGGAAGGACUUGCAAAAGCUUUGUUUGAAAACACACCAUCACAUAUACAAGAGGCCCUGAAAUACAUGACUGUGGUCUUCACUCACGGAGAUAACCUUCCGGAAGGGAUGAGGAUUGAAGAUUGGGUUUCACACAAUGAAGCUCUGCGCUCCCUGGUGCAGAGAUGUGGAGGGCGCUGUCAUGUGUUUGAUAAUAAAUACUGGAACAACAGCCAGGACCCAUACAGGAACAACCAGUACCAGGUUGCAGGGCUGCUCAAGACCAUCGAGAACACUUCACCACGGCCAACACAAGACACCAUGAGCGGUAAGAGAACAAGAAACAUAGUGCUUCUGGGUAAAACUGGGUCAGGGAAAAGCAGUCUGGCUAACACUAUAACGGGCAAAAAAGACCAGUUCAAAACCAACGAUUCACCAGCAUCUGUGACCAAGCAAUGCGAGUCUUACACAACAACGGUGAAAGGGAAUAACAUUAAUGUGAUCGACACCCCAGGAUUUUUUGACACUAACCCAUCAAGUACUGAGAAGAACAAUUGCCAAGAUCUCUCCAUGUGUAUUGAUAAAUGUAAAGAAGGGGUCCAUGCAUUUUUGCUUGUGUUCAAAGUGGAGAGGUUCACACAGCAUGAACAGGCUGUGGUUCAACUAAUAGAGGAAUAUUUCUCUGAAGAGGCAUUCAAAUACACCAUUGUAGUUUUCACUCACGGUAAUGAGCUUGAAGAUGGCAAAACUAUCGAAAAGUGGAUCAGUGAAAAUGAAGCUCUGAAUGACUUGGUGCAGAAAUGUGGGGGGCGCUGUUAUGCAUUUGAUAAUAAA